CGCGCCGGAAACAGGCUGGGCUUCGGCGCAGCGGUGCGGCUGCCCGACCGCUGGGCGGGUGCUGCCAUGCCGGUCACCGGGAAGACUUUCCGCCGGCGCCGGGCCGACUCGGAGUCAGAGGAAGAUGAACAGGACUCAGAGGAGGUUAGAUUAAAACUGGAAGAAACCCGAGAGGUGCAGAACUUGAGAAAGAGGCCCAAUGGGGUGAGUGCUGUGGCCCUGCUGGUGGGGGAGAAAGUACAGGAAGAGACAACUCUAGUGGAUGAUCCCUUUCAGAUGAAGACAGGUGGGAUGGUGGACAUGAAAAAACUGAAGGAGAGGGGCAAGGAUAAGAUCAGUGAAGAAGAAGACCUACACCUGGGGACAUCGUUUUCCGCAGAAACCAACAGAAGGGAUGAGGAUGCAGACAUGAUGAAAUACAUUGAAACGGAGCUGAAGAAAAGGAAAGGGAUUGUGGAACACGAGGAACAGAAAGUUAAGCCAAAGAAUGCAGAGGACUGUCUUUAUGAACUUCCGGAAAACAUCCGCGUUUCCUCAGCAAAGAAAACCGAGGAGAUGCUCUCUAACCAGAUGCUGAGCGGCAUCCCUGAGGUGGACCUUGGCAUUGAUGCCAAAAUAAAAAAUAUCAUUUCCACGGAGGAUGCCAAGGCCCGACUGCUGGCAGAGCAGCAGAAUAAGAAGAAAGACAGUGAGACAUCCUUCGUGCCCACCAACAUGGCUGUGAACUAUGUGCAGCACAACCGAUUUUAUCAUGAGGAGCUCAACGCCCCCAUUCGGAGAAACAAAGAGGAACCUAAAGCUCGACCCUUGAGAGUGGGUGACACAGAGAAGCCAGAGCCUGAGCGGUCUCCUCCUAACCGCAAGCGCCCUGCUAACGAGAAGGCCACCGAUGACUAUCACUAUGAGAAGUUCAAGAAGAUGAACAGGCGGUACUGA